GCUAACAUUUAAGAAAAGGACAACAAGGGCUUCAAAACAGAUUUCAGCGGGGAGAGCUCACAUGAUCAACGUUACAGAGAUGAACAUGGAUGAGGACAGUGGCCUGGCAGUCGGCUGCGGCAACGGCAAACUGAGACAGUGGCUGAUUGAUCAGAUUGACAGCCAGAGGUAUCCUGGACUGGUUUGGGAAAAUGAGGAAAAAAGCAUCUUCAGGAUUCCUUGGAAACAUGCAGGGAAACAAGACUAUAACAGAGAGGAGGAUGCUGCGCUCUUCAAGGCCUGGGCAUUGUUUAAAGGAAAAUAUAAGGAAGGGGUCGACAAGCCAGAUCCCCCCACAUGGAAAACCAGACUACGCUGUGCUCUCAAUAAAAGCAAUGACUUUGAUGAGUUAGUGGAAAGAAGCCAACUGGACAUCUCAGACCCCUAUAAAGUCUACAGAAUAAUUCCAGAGGGAGCCAAAAGAGGGAUGAAGAUGAGUGUGGAGGAGACACCAUCACAUGUAAAUGCCCUCGGCUAUGUUCCUCCAUAUACGUCUCUGCACAACCAGGUAUCUGGCUAUAUGGUUUCUCAGGAGAGAAGGGACUGGAGGGAUUACUCACCCCCAGAGCAACAACCUCUGCCACCUCCACAUCACCACGGGCCACAUGCAGAGCUGCAGUACGGUCAGUGCCACUACCCACCGCCGUUCAGCCGAGCCUGGCCGGGGUCACAUACAGAAAAUGGUUUUCAGCUCUCCUUCCACACCUACCUUUCAGAAUCCCAACCACCUGUGUAUACAAUGGACAAUAAUGCAGAUUUCAGCCUGCAUGUGUCCCUAUACUACAGAGAGUCUUUGGUGAAGGAGGUUAUCACCACCAGCCCAGAUGGUUGUCGGAUCACCGCUCCUUCCUCCUCCUCUCCAUCCUCUUCCUCCUCUUCUUCCCCAUGCCCAGACGACAAGCUUCACAGCGGGGCAGAAAUGAUCUAUUUUCCCUUCCCGUACCCAGAGUCUCAGAGGCAGGGCGCUGAGAUGCUUCCUAACAUACUUGAGAAAGGGGUGCUUCUGUGGAUGACGCCCGAUGGGUUGUACGCUAAGCGCCUCUGCCAGGGACGAGUGUACUGGGAAGGACCUCUGGCUCCAUAUAUGGACAAACCCAACAAGCUGGAGAAGGAGCAGCCGUGCAAACUGUUCGACACCCAGCAAUUCCUUAUUGAGCUUCAGGAUUUUGCCCAUAAUGGCCGACAUUUACCGAGAUACCAGGUGGUGCUAUGUUUUGGAGACGAGUACCCGGACCCACAGCGCCCGAGGAAGAUGAUCACAGCACAGGUGGAGCCAGCGUUUGCCAGAAAACUGGUGUACUAUUACCAGCAGAACAAUGGCCACUACCUGCGGGCUUUUGAUCACAUCCAGGAACAGAACACAUCUCCAACAAUCGACUAUCCUUCCCAGAGACCUGUGCAGCAUAUUCAGGAGUGACAAGCAUACACACACACACACGCACACACACGAGUGCAAGGGCAUGAAAGCGAAUGCAAACUGCUGACCGUUUCUCAUGCCUUGUGACUGCUGUGUACUGUAAAUGGUAGAAGCUGUCAUGGUGCCGAGGGGUAGAGAUGGGGAAGACCCUGUCGUUUUCACUUGCACACCUAUGCGCUGUCGUCUUUGUGUCUGUGACUGCGGAGUAAUGUUUUUUUUUUCUCUCUCUCUCUUGCACUCUCUACAAGUAUUAUUGUGACAGUGUGAAGGAUGCGGUUUGAGGGUGGGGGGAUGAGGGGAGCAGAGGGCGACUGAGACAGGAAGUACUAGCACAGGUGCACAGGAAGAAUGGCCCCUAAGACAAACACUUGUAUGUCAAAGGGACAAAACAGAGCAUGAAUGAAUACUUAUUGCAUUUUCACAGGUAGCUGUUGACAAUGUGAUUGUGGCACUCACACCGUGAAGUGGCACAGUCACACGCACUCUGCCUUCUCAGCUCAGCUGACAUAGCGUCUCGUGUGAUUCAAAACCUUUAUUGAUACAGUACUUGAUGCAACAAAAUUCCAGUAGAUGAGCAAGUGAACAGUCAGCAACAUCAGUGCUUGGUCCAUUGUAGACCUCAAUUCUGGGUUUCAAUCCAAAAAAAAGAAAGAAAACUACUACUACAACUGGAGUUUGAGAGAAAGUGAUAUUAUCAGUGGUCUGGUGGUGUAGUAGAGGAAGCUGUUAUCAUAAAUUGUUUAUCUCUUGGCAGCUGCACAUGUUGCAGGACGCAUUUACGAAAAUCUAUUUCUACUGAAUCUGGUCAGCUUUUAAAAAUAUCUGAUUCCUUUAAACUGCGUCAAGCUAAACAAAACACCUACAAGGGUCACGAGAUAUAAAUAGUAUAAAUAGUCACCAGAUGAUUACAGAGAUAGUAAAUAUAUAUUAAAAUUAAGAUUUGCUGCGUAAAGCAUUUGUUUUCUCUGGUCAUUUUAUUUUCUUGCUUUGUCUUUUAAAACAUCAAAUAGUUUUACGUCUUCAUGUCUCUGAAACAAUCUGAUU